CCUCCAUCCAUUUCCCCAUAUUGUCUGCUUUCUCUCGCAGGCCAAUUCGGGAGAUCAUGGCUUUCCGGCGCCCAUUGAUGCUGUCUUGGACAGCAUCAGCGCCCUUUCCCUCACUUUCUGGUAGAACCGCCCGAGUGGCGGCGACUCUGCCCCGGUUCACCACAGCUAGGACCUCUUCUAGCUCGACCUCCGCCCUCGCCUACAAGGCGCUCCAUCGUCGCUCUCCUCUUCCUCUUCCUGUGUCGGACUCUUCCCCGCAAUGGGAUGCCCCAACCGCCGUCUCGUCGAUUCUGUACGAGACUCCCGUUGCGCCGACCAACCCCCCAAAGCGCCAUAUCCUGAACUGUUUGGUGCAGAACGAGCCUGGUGUUCUUUCUCGUGUUUCGGGAAUUCUGGCCGCUCGUGGCUUCAACAUUGACAGUCUGGUUGUGUGUAACACCGAGGUCGAAGACCUGUCCCGUAUGACCAUUGUGCUGCAGGGUCAGGAUGGUGUUGUGGAGCAGGCCCGUCGCCAGCUGGACGAUCUCGUUCCCGUCUGGGCUGUCCUCGACUACACAGACUCCGCUCUUGUGCAACGCGAGUUGCUUCUUGCGAAGGUUAGCAUCUUGGGCCCCGAGUUUUUCGAGGAAUUGCUUCAGCACCACCGCGAGAUCACCACCCCCGGCGAAACCAUCGACGGCCAGAAGGCUACCGACAGCCAGAGACAGAUCACUGAAUUCCACCCUCGCAAUCUUCCUCCCAGUCAGGCCUUGAGACACAAGCACGAACAUCUUGAUGCUAUCACCCGCUUGACUCACCAGUUCGGUGGCAAGGUUCUUGAUAUUAGCAACAACAACUGUAUUGUUGAAAUCUCCGCAAAGCCGUCUCGUAUUGAUUCCUUCAUGAAGCUUAUCGCUCCAUUCGGUAUUCUGGAGUCUACUCGGACCGGUUUGAUGGCUCUUCCUCGCUCUCCUCUUCACGAACAGGUCGAGGAUAUCGAGAAGGAGGCUGCCGACGUUGUCGACGCCAGCACCCUUCCUCCCGGUUAAAAUGAAUAUCCGAAAUAAAACAAUCCGCAAUAAAGAAGCUAAUUUGUUCUCCCUGAGGCUAUAAUACUUGUAAAAACUAGCAGUUUGUCUUUUCUUCUUGAGUCAGGCACUUUCUUCUAAAUGCGUACAUUCUCUAUGCCCGUGACGCUUUUUUGUUAACUUGUGACUUCGUCCGUUCUAUUACUAUCACAAAUAGUAUCUCUAGUUCCGAAUGCUACAUCGGCUUAAGCUUCAUCCACCUACAUCGGCAUAUAUCUGCUUAGAUGGGGACAGUGCCGAGAAAACUAAAUGGAGUUGGACCAACAGAUUGAGAUUAUAACGCAAAUGGCUGAGUCCCGAGAUUCAAGCCCACAAAACGAUUUGACUGCCAAUACCGUGCCUUCUAUACCCAAACGCCAGCCUAUAUGACUCAAAGAAGGAGUACCAAAAAGCCUUUUCUUUCAGAAAAAAAAAAAAAAAAAAA